AUGGUAACUUUAUUUUUGCCCGCUAGUGGUGAACAAAUCGUUAUUCACCACGUAUUCAGUGUAGCCAAACAAACAGAUGCCCUUAACUACUGUACAUCACUUUCUCAUCAACGACAACUGUUUCAUGGAUCGAAAUAUGCCAAUUUUCUUGGAAUACUUUCACGUGGUCUGGUCAUGCCAAAAAUUGUAGUUGAAGAAUUGGGUGUCGUACGCACUGAUAUCGGUUGUCUUGGUUAUGGGAUAUAUUUUUCUGAUUCUGCUUCUACAUCUCUAAAAUAUACAACAUCAAGCGCAACACGACCAGGUCGACGAUUGUUAUGUAUUUGUCAAGUAGCACUUGGGGAAUCGGCUAACUAUUAUUCAUUUUCACCGACUCUUAUCAAGCCUCCCAAUGGUUUUCAUAGUACGCAUGGAGUUAAACGAAUGGAAGAAAAUCAUUCAAUGUUUACGGAUAAUGAAUAUGCGAUCUAUCAACUCGAUCAACAACGUUUGCUCUAUAUUGUGGAAGUUUCAUGGAUACCGAACGAUGCUCUCAAUAUUGCAUUAGAACAAUUGCCAAUUGUUCACCAUCAACAACAUGCAUUAAAAUUGAGUGAACAGGUCGAAGUUCCAUUAACAAUCGAUGAUGAAGUUAUUGAAGUAGCCGAACAAGAUUAUGGUUUAAUAUGUCCAUCAUCGAGAAAACUUGUACCACUUAAAUCAUUUCAUAUUCGUGCUCAAAUUGUUGAUGCUACAGUUGAAGUUGUUCUAUAUCAAGUCUAUCAUAAUACGAGUUCGACACCAAUCGAAGUUAAAUAUGUAUUUCCUCUUGAUGAAAAUUCAACUGUAUGCGGUUUUGAAGCACAUAUCAACAAUAAAGUUAUCAAAGGUGUUGUCAAAGAAAAAGAACAAGCCAAACAAGAAUAUCGAGAAGCAAUCAAAAAGGGUCAUGGUGCUUAUUUGAUGCAUCAAGAACAAGCUCAAGUAUUCAGUGUUGCUGUUGGUAAUUUACCAGCGAACAAUGAAGUCAUUAUUAAAAUAACUUAUGUUGCCGAAUUAGAAAUAGAAAAUGAUGACAUCAUCUUUCGUCUUCCAGCUAAAAUGGCUUCAUGGCAAUCAAAAAAAGCUAUGGAAAGCAAAGAUCAAUCGAUUGUACGAUCGAUCGAUAUUGUCGAUGAAAAAGUCGAAUUUAGUUUCAAAGCAUCAAUUCGAAUGCCGUAUGAAAUAACCAAAUUAUUCUCGCCAACGCAUCGUCUUCGUCGAAAAUUAACUGAUUGUAUAGCCAUGAUCGAACUUGUCGAUAACGUUUUAAUUGAUCGAGAUUUCGUUCUUUCGAUAUCACUCAAAAGUGCUAAUUUACCUCGCAUAUCAAAUGAAACAUUGUUAUUGGAUGAUGACAAUGAAAAAACAACAUCGAACAAUCAUAAUUCUCAAGCAUGUAUGCUUACUUUUUAUCCGCGAUUCGAAACAACGACGAAUUCCAAUGAACAAGUUGAAAUUAUAUUCAUAGUCGAUGUAUCCAAUUCGAUGGAUGGUACUCAUGUACAACAAGCUAAACAAUUAACUCAUUUGUUUCUUACGAAUUUGAAAGUUGGCGACACGAAUACACUUUUUAAUGUAGUUACUUUUGGAUCAGAUAAUGAUGAAUGCUUUCCAGUUUCAACAUCAACUACAAAAGAAAAUCUUGAUAAAGCCAAACAUUUUGUUCUGCACUCACUGAUUCAUCGCGGUAAUACGGAUCUAUUUGCUAUUCUUCAUCGUUAUUCAUUGUUACCAUCAUCAUCAAAAUUUGGUCGUCAAUUUAUUCUUCUAUCCGAUGGACAUAUCCAUGAUCUUAACUCGAUUCUUGCUUUACUCGAACAUCGAUCAACUAUGCGUCAUGAUCGUCUAUUUACAUGUGCUAUUGGAAAUGUUGCUAACAAACAUGGUUUGAAACAGUUAGCGAAUGGAGCAAGUGGAGGUGGUCUAACAACAAUAUUCGAUUCGAACUAUCGAUCGAGAUGGAAAAUGAAAGUUUUGAAUAUUCUCGAAUAUGUCCGACAACCAUGUGUUACAAGUAUAUCGAUCAAUUGGCAUGGUCAUGUGGAUGAAGAACAAAAAUUCAAUAUGCAAGCACCGAAAAUGAUUCGAUCUUUAUUCAAUGGAAUGCGACUUAGCGUCUAUCGAUUUAUACAAAAUUGUCAUAAGGCAACAUUGACGGCUACUAUCGAUGGACAAGAAUUUCUUACGACUGUAUUUAGUAGUACGAUGACAACGACCAAAGGGCGCAUCUUACAUUGUCUGACCGCUCGAGCAAUUAUCGAUGAUUAUGACAAUGGGCUAUUGCAUGUGGACGAGAGCGAAAACGAACUGUUUAAAGUUCAAUAUAAACAAGAUCUUAUCGAUCUAAGCAUCAAACAUUCUGUCGUCAGUGCAUACACUAGUUUUGUUGCUAUAGAAGAACGUGAUACCAAUAUGGAUAUACAAACUCUUCAACCAGGUGUUCGUCUCCUUGACGUUAUGCUCGAUCGAGAUGUCGACUUACUACCCUACGUAGGAUGGGAUGGUGAUGUAUCAAAUUUGACUUCGAUUAAAGAAAAAUUGCUUGAUGCACGUAUUUCACUCGAAAAUGCAUCGAUUCAGAGCAAAAAAGAAACAGUUUCGGAUAUUGAAAAACUUUGUGAAAAAAUCUCCUAUCGAACAGGUGGUGAUGCUAAAUUUGAUACGAUGAUGACUAUUAUACGUACAUAUCGUUAUUCAUUGAAUGAGCACGAAAAAGCAAAUGAACUUGAAGAAAAAAUGCGAAACGGUAUGCUAGUUAAUUUAAGGUAA